AUGAACAAUCCCGGCUGCACCAUCACCCACUGGCUGGCCAUGAGAAAAUUGGUGAACAACUGUGUCCUUUGCUGUGAAAUCAAUAGGAUGAGACAUAUACUGAACACAGUGGGCAUAAAGACCACAGUUCAGAACAUCGGACUGGAUGAGCUCAUCUCAAUUCCAGAUGAAUUGAAAGAGUUGUUAAGGACUGCUGGGAACAGGCUUGUUGUGGUGGAGUUCUCAGCAAAAUGGUGUGGCCCCUGCAAAACCAUCGGCCCCAUUUUCCAGGCAAUGUCUUUAAAAUACCAAAACGUCAUGUUUGCUAAUGUGGAUGUGGACUCGGCUAAGGAACUGACCCAACUUUGUAACAUCAGAGCAGUACCCACAUUUCAGAUGUUCAAGCACACCCAAAAGGUAUUAAUGGGAUAA